UCACAGCAUUCUCCUGGAAGCCUCCAUUCUCAGAAACCCAUCCAUUCUGAGAUGAUGCCUUCAUCCAUGAUGGUGUACCUCAAUUCCCGGUGUCUCUCUGCUGGAUUCUUGUGUCUAAUCGAGCGUUGACUUCUAGGAGAGCCCGUACUAACAGCUCGAUCGGACCCUGACUGCUCUCCAGUCAGUCAGGACUGCAGCCACUGCCAGACUGCUCCAGUUCCUCCUCACCUCCUCCUCCGGAAUGGAUACUGACCACUCCACUGGAGGGAGUAGUGCCUCAGAAGAAGGAGCACAACUGCAGAAGAUGUGGGUCACCUUCAGAAAAAAGGCCAGUCUCCCCCACGACUGUCCCCCGGAGGCGGCAACACUAGAGACCGGGGCGAGGGAAUACCUUCACUCCUUCCUGCAGUGCUCCGUCCUCUUCUUCCAGAGCCUCACUGGGAUACACUUCACACCUCCUUCUGAUGAUGGCCAGGUAUUCUCAGACAUGUGCAUGUUCCUCAACAUCCCCCACUCCCUCCACACCCUCCUGGACAAACCAGACUCCUCCUCCUCCCCCGGCUACUCCCUCCGCAGACUGGCGGGGUCCUGGAGCUCACACAGUCGUCUCAGAGAACUGGGCGCUGGCGCUGUGGCGUCGCUCCCUCCCAUCCUCCGGCAACCGAGGCAGCUCAUCUCUCUCCCUCGCAGCUAUUCCGAUCUCGUUAACAAAGCUUCCAAAUUCAAGUGUGCUAAUCACGUGGUGGACGGUGACGAUGGACAGGCGGCCAUGUUGUGUCUCCUGUGCGGCCAGAUGCUCUGCACCAAUUCCUACUGCUGUAUGACUGACGUGGAGGACGAGGAGGAGGAGGAAGAUAACCAGCCCGGUCACAAACGACUCAGAAUUGGAGGGUUAACCAGACACGCUCAGACAUGUGGAGAUGGUGUGGGAAUGGCCCUGUGGAUCCUGGAGGUCUACGUGGUGUUACUAGACGCCACCAACAUCCGCCAUGUCAAAGGUUGCACCCUCACCCCACCUUACCUGGACCAAUAUGGAGAGUCUGACCCUGGACUUAGGAGAGGCUCUCCUCUGCUACUGAGCGAGGAGAGUGUGCAGCAGCUGGACACGGUCUGGUUCCAACACCAGGUACCGGAACGGAUCACCCAGGAGAUGGAACAGAACAGGAACCUCAUGGGCAUUGUCUGGUCUCAGAUGUAGUGUGACAGUCUUCUGCAUACAGUCCGCAUAACAUACACACACACUCCCUCUCUACCCAAAUGGACUGCAAAAAUCACUCAUGAGAUCUCAGUACCAUUAUGACCCCUACCGGUGUCACAUGGUGCAGUGUAAUAGUGUAUUGUGUGUGUGUGUUGUGUUAUAGUCCAACAAGCCCCUUGUAUUAUAGAGCAAGCCAUCACGCUGUAUCUUCACCUAAUGACUGAUGUAGUUGAAGGUUGGGGUGGUCACAAAAUUUUUCAUACUCUAACAUUUUUGCUCAAUUUUGUCAGAAAUAGACACAUGACACAUACAGGAACAGUAUAAUUUCUCAGUGAAAGGAAAAAUAAUAGUCAUGACAUGAGGACAACUUGUCCGUUCUCGCUGCCUAGCAACAGCAGUCUCUUCUCCUGUAGAGUUGCAAUGGAGACUACACCCCCUUUCAGCUCCUUGCUCCUGACCUUUGUCACCCAGAACAGUGUCGAACUUGGAUCUUUAGUUCUUUCGAAGGAGUUGUGGACGACCACUUGACCAUUGGAGGAGGCGGAUAUCAACUGCUGACCCAUGUAGUCCAGCAUGGGGUGGUUGACGACUGACCUCUGAUGUGGGAGAGGAGUUUCCCGGUGGAGGGUCUCCAGAGGUGCAUGGUGCCAGCCCCGACACUGGUGACCAGGUUACCAUGGCGAGUGGACAGCAGCUGGAACAGGUUCUCAUUCCAUGUCGUGGUCUAGGAAUGGGACCAGACAAAUAACAGUUGAAAAAGAUGGUGAGAUUUUGGGAG